CUCUCUCGCAAAAACGCCCCCGCUAGGGCACGUACGCUGGAAGAAGGACUUGGCGACGCCUGACAGAUAGCGAUGGAAAGACCCGGCGGCCUUGGAGGCUCGCAAGAGGCCGCCGCACGAGACCGGGCGGAUCUCAAAAAGCAGCUUGCCCAGGCGGCGGCCCAAACGCAAGGCGAAGAAGAUCUGCGCGACGCGCCGCGCCAUGUGCAACAACGCACGCCGCGGACGAGCCCUCAAAAGCCUUCACGCCAAACUCCGAACGCGGGGCCACACGGGCGGCGCCGAACAGGAGAUGCUCAAGCGCCGGGUGCGCAAGCGCCGGGAGCGGCGGAGACGACUUCGUCGGAGGGCGGCCUCACCGGUGCCUUGGGCCAGGCCGCCGACCAGCUGUCGCAGAUGCUAGUAGACCAGGAGAGCCGCGCGACGACGAGCGAAGGGCGGCUGCGCGCCGAGGACGCUGAAGCGCGAGACCACGACGGCGAUCACUCCAUCGAGGAGGCGCCGGCGGCGGACGCCGCCCCAGCCGCGGCCCCGGCCGCGGCGAGUGCCUGGUGUGACGACGAUAGAAUCGUGCUGAAGGCGCUUAGAAGUGCGGGCAGCAGCACGGGCCACCGCCUGUCGCUCGCACGCCUCCGGAAAGCUGCUGAGCGACACGGCCUCACCAUCAGGGGCAAGAAGGACGCGCCAAAGCUGAAAAAGGCCCUCGAAGCCGCCGAGCCCGCCUCGAGCAGUAGUGACGACGAAGACGGCAUCGUCCCGGGCGCGCGCGUCCGCACGCUGACUCACGGCGCCGGCGUCGUCCUCGGAGGCCUCGCGGGUAACGGCUGCCCCCGCGUGCGGCUCGACGUGCCGUUUUUGCCCCUGGCCGGCGUCUACAAGAGCGAGGUGGCCAUCCCCAAAGCCCAGCUCACUCGUCUAGCGCCGGGCGACGCCGGUUACGAGGCGCCGUCGACGACUGGCGCGGCGGGCUCCGGCACGACGGCCCCCAGCGCGGCGGGCUCUGGCGCGGGGGCCGCUUUCGCUCUGAAGGUCGCGCGGGUGCUGGGUAGGCCCGCGGAGCACGCGCUUGGCUUCGCCGCGCCGCCGGAGGUCGUGGCGCCGCGCGCCGCGCCGACGUUAGUUGUGCCGCAGGGGUUGAUUAGAGUUACGGAUGCAAACGAAAUACUAGAUCGGGCCGCGGACGAAGCCCAACGCGCGUUAGGGGAGCACCUGUCGAAGCUCGAGGCGCUCAAAGCGGACCUCGAUCAAAAGGAGGCCGAGGCCAAGAUGAUAUCGCGAACAGACUUAGAUCAACAGGAGGCGCACGUCAAGGACGCGCGGGAAGCCUACGCGGCGGAGGCGGCCAAGGGCCCGCAACUGAAGGCCGCGUUCGCGGAGGCGUCGCGCGCGCGAAUCGCCGCGAUGCUUACGUUCUGCCCCGCUUUAGCAGAUUUGAUCAGAAACGACGUCGAUCCUCUGCGAGAGGAGGAGGCGGAGCAGGAGGCGCUGCGGCGACGCGUGUCCGUGCAGCUCGCGAACGCCGAGAGUGAUGCCGCGAAGCAGCUCGGGAAAUCAAUAAAUCCGCGGAACGGUUCGGUGCUGUGGGACGUGGCGCCACAUCGCGGCACGCCGCCACGUGGUGUCCUGGCACUGCAGUGCCCGCGGGGGAAUUGCCGGGCGCGCUACUGGUUCCCGUUCAAAGAGAUCCACGACGUCGUCAUGCGCAACAGUCAAAAAAGUCUCGCUUGCAAGAAGGAGGGUUGUGGAUUCCGAAUGUGUAUUUCUCUCGGCGACUUCGGUGAUCGGAGGGCGCGCGAGGACGAGAUGGACGACGAGCUGGAGCGCUGGGGAUUUGAUUUCGCGUGAAGAGUGGCGCCUUCGUUCGUCGUGUCCGCUCGACUUGUGACUAAGUAAGUUAAACCA